CUCUACUCUUCCAGAAGGCGGGGACAAGACAGAGGGGCAGCAGACGCCAUCCGGACCAGAAAAAGCCAGAAGAGACCAGAAGAGUCGUAGGACAGAAGCUCCAGGAGGAGGAGGAACCACCCAACAUGGCAUCGGAGAGCGGGAAGCUAUGGGGUGGCCGGUUUGUGGGCUCUGUCGACCCCAUCAUGGAGAAGUUCAACUCAUCUAUCUCCUAUGACCGGAAUCUGUGGAAUGUGGACGUGCAGGGGAGCAAGGCCUACAGCAAGGGCCUGGAGAAGGCGGGGCUGCUCACCAAAGCCGAGAUGCAGCAGAUACUGCAAGGCCUGGACAAGGUGGCUGACGAGUGGGCCCAAGGCACCUUCAAAUUACAUCCUAAUGAUGAAGACAUCCACACAGCCAAUGAGCGGCGCCUGAAGGAACUCAUUGGUGAAGCUGCGGGGAAGCUCCACACGGGACGAAGUCGCAACGACCAGGUGGUCACGGACCUCAGGCUGUGGAUGAGGCAGACCUGCUCGAGACUCUCCACCUACCUCAGAGUGCUCAUUGAAGCCAUGGUGGACCGGGCAGAGGCGGAAUGUGAUGUCCUCUUCCCAGGGUACACACACUUGCAGAGAGCUCAGCCCAUCCGCUGGAGCCACUGGAUCCUGAGCCACACUGUCGCGCUGACGCGAGAUUCAGAGAGACUGCUGGAGGUGCAGAAGCGGAUCAAUGUCCUGCCACUGGGGAGUGGGGCCAUUGCAGGCAACGCUCUGGGUGUGGACCGGGAGCUACUCUGUGCAGAACUGAACUUCGGGGCCAUCACACUCAACAGCAUGGACGCCACCAGCGAGAGAGACUUCGUGGCUGAGUUCCUGUUUUGGGCCUCUCUGUGUAUGACCCACCUCAGCAGGAUGGCAGAGGACCUGAUUCUCUACGCUACCAAGGAAUUCAACUUCGUGCAGCUCUCAGAUGCCUACAGCACCGGAAGCAGCUUGAUGCCCCAGAAGAAAAACCCAGACAGCCUGGAGCUGAUCCGGAGCAAAGCGGGCCGAGUGUUUGGACGGUGUGCUGGAUUCCUGAUGACCCUCAAGGGACUUCCAAGCACCUACAACAAAGACUUACAGGAAGACAAGGAAGCUGUGUUUGAAGUGUCUAACACCAUGACAGCUGUCCUCCAAGUGGCCACCGGAGUCAUCUCUACAUUGCAGAUUCAUCGUGAGAACAUGAAACAGGCACUCAGCCCUGACAUGCUGGCCACCGACCUCGCCUACUACCUGGUCCGCAAAGGGAUGCCAUUCCGCCAGGCCCACGAGGCCUCAGGCAGAGCUGUGUUCAUGGCAGAGACUAAAGGAGUGGCUCUCAACCUGCUGUCGCUACAGGAGCUGCAGACCAUCAGUCCCCUGUUCUCAAGUGAUGUGAGUCACGUGUGGGACUACAGACACAGCGUGGAACAGUACAGUGCCUUGGGUGGCACAGCGAAAUCCAGUGUCGAGUGGCAGAUCAGCCAGGUGCGGGCCCUGCUGCAGGCCCAGCAGCCCUAGAUUCCACCCACCCAAAGCUGCUCCCAAAUAAAGUGGAGCCCUGAAGAGACCUCCAUAAGCAUA